GGCUUGUUGGAACCUGUUGGUAUAUCCUUGAGGCGGUGGAUGGAUAUCUCAAUAGACUUCAAACUAGCACUACCGGUAUCAGAGAGGUGUACCAAAAUUUGGGUAAUCGUAGAUAGCUUGUCGAAGAUGGCACACUUUAUACCCUUAACUACAGAAAUCCCCAUUAAGAACGUAGAUCUGAUAUUCGUAAAGGAAAUAUGGCGGCUCCAUGGGCUCCCAGAAUCUAUUAUCUCUGACAGAGAUAGCCGAUUCACAUCCAAGUUUUAGAUGAGCCUGAUGCCACAGUUGCAAUUGAAACUAUGGUUAUCCACCACUUUCCACCCUGAGACUGAUGGGCAGACUGAAAAAGUGAACAAGACCUUUGAACAAUACUUAAGAAAUUAUUGUUCAUAUCAACAGGAUGAUUGGGCAUCGCUACUCCCCUUGGCAGAGUAUACAUACAAGACAUCCACCUCCGAGUCAACCAAGUUAUCUCUAUUCGAGAUUAACUAUGGAUUUAACCAAUGAACCACCUGGUUGAGUAUAGUUUCGGAGCAGCGAGGUAUUCAGCCCAGUAGCCAGCUAUUGGUCAGGAACUAGCAGAGUGUCUGGCAAGAAGUCCCAGAUACAGUUAAGCGAGCUUAAGAGAGACAAAGGAAAUGGUAUGACCAAAGAGGGUUGCCAUCUGUGGAAUAGGGUACAGUUGAAGAUAUAACCAACGGUAGGGCAAAGAGGGCUGAUCACUUGAUCCUAAAUCGAAAGAACAUCCGUACCAAGGGACCUAUGCGGACGUUAGACCACCGAAUGUUUGUGCCCUUUGUGAUCAAGCGUAAGGUUGGUAACAGAGCUUAUGAACUCCAAUUGCCUGCCCGCUGGGCCAUCCACCCGGUAUUCAAUGUCGGACUUUUAGAACCCGAUCGCGAGGGGGUUAGUCGCAAAAGAAUAAAGGAAGUCCCGAUUCCCCAGAGAGUAGACAAUGAGGGCAGCUACAUUAUCGAGGCAGUAGUAGACAGUCGAUGG